AUGAGCGUCAAGGUCAAGCAGGAGUGGGGCAAGCAGCGCGCCGUGUGGAGCGUCUCGGAGGAGCAGGUGCUCAUGGACCUCGUAGACAAGGCGCGCCACGACCCGGAGAUGCGCACCAAGAAGGGCCUCAAGCCGCGCGGCUGGGACGCCGUCGCUGAGGAGGUCAACCGCCGCUGCAACAGCACCUUUAACGUUGACCAGCUCAAGUCCAAGUGCAACCGCCUGGUCAUGGACUACGAGCUGUUCGAGUACGUGGGAGGCGAGCGCUCGUUGACCGAUGCAGAAUGGGACAAAGUCAUCGAGGACAUGCCCGAGAACGAGAAGCGGCUGACCCAGUUCAAGGAGCUAGGCUUCCCUCAUGCCGACGUCUGCCGCCGCAUCUCCAAGUCCAAGGAGGAGCUGCCGGAGCCCCGGCCUUGGGCCUCUUCGGUGUUGACCUCGAAACGGCCCAGUCCGCCGGACGAGGACGACCUGCCGGAAGCCAAGAAGACUCGCACUGAUGUGGCUGAUAAGAUGGAGACUGGUGACUGGGGUCCGCGAGAGGAGAAGCUGCUGAUGUUCCUGUGCUGGAGAGCUAAGACGGACAAGAAAAAGCUUGCUGAGGAAGGCACCGAGCCGUGGCUUGAAGUGACCAACGAGCUCAACAAGCACAGCAAGGCCAACUUCGACGAGGAGCAAGUAAAGACCAAGUACUUGCAGGUGAUGCAAGACUACGAGUAUUUCAAAUGCGCGACUGGAUUCACUGGGGCUGCUGGAACCGCUCCGAAGUACAAGAAGGACUGGGACCUGCUUAUGAAGGAGCGCCCGGAGCUUACGGAGGAGCUCGAGAAGCUGAAGAAAAAGGGCGGCUUCCCGUAUGCCGAAGUGUGCAGCCUGAUCAAAGGAGACAAGGCUGCCGACGAUAUCGAGCCUGCCGGUGUUACCGAGUACUUGGCGACGGGCUCUCUUCAGCACGUUAACUCCAGAAUUCUCCCGCAUCUUCUGCCAGCAGCGCCGAGUACCACGACGGCGCUGGAGCUGUCUGCCCAUGGGCCCAACCCAGCAGUCAACGCGGCGGCGGCAGCAGGUGCCACCCCUGCUGCGGCGCCGGCUGUCUUCACCCAGGAGCUCCACGACAAUAUGAACAUGUUCCUGAAGACAGCCACGGCGUACCUCGUGAUGCUCAUCGACGACCACAACAAGGGAAGCGGAGUUUAA